AUGUUGGAAAUAGGAAUUAGAGUGUGUCCCCAUGACAGUUCUAUCAUUCGUAGGUUCAUCAAUUUAUCCUCCUCGGGUGGACUAGAGCUGGUGAAAAUUCGUCGUUUCCUCAACAACACACAUAUUAAGAAUGAUCCCACAAUGGAUAUGUACCAUUCAUUGUCCUGUCUUUACCUAGAGAAACGUAAGGCGGAGAAACUGCAGGAAGCGGGCAUUCCACUGCACACGAACAUUAUCGCGGAAAUCACUCGAAGGGAAGCAUCUCGUAGAAUGGAUCCCGCCUUAUGGCGUUUGGCGAUGGCACAAUCUAAGACCAAGCGGUUUUUUGAAGAGACGCACGUUUUGGCAGCAGCUCAGUGUGGAUGGUCGCGUCAUCUUCACAUAGAUUGCGUUGCGGCAAGCGCUUCUCGUCAAAAGUGUCAGGAAAUGAUAAGUCUUAUGGAGGAGCGAGGAGCGCAUGUAUUCAACGACCUCGGUUAUGUUGAUGUUCUCAAAGGGGCGAUAUCAGCGGAACCAUGCUUUGAAUGGUGCACUUUCAAGAUGGCAUCAGGGUUUGAUACCGCCUUGAACAUAGGCGGAGUUACACAGGACUCGUCGCAAGGUUUCAGUCUUCGCAUGUUUAGUAAGCCGUCAAUCGUGCUUGCCCAUGUGGCUUUCAAAGGAGCAGCAUUAGCUUACUAUUUUCUUGCCAACUGGUUGUCGUCCUCGUUCAUCGUUCAAUUUCUUGUUAUCCUGACAUUAUUAUCCAUGGACUUUUGGACAGUAAAGAAUAUAACUGGAAGACUGCUCGUUGGACUGCGAUGGUGGAACUUCGUCGAUGACAACGGUAACAACCACUGGAAAUUCGAAAGUGCUAAGUGGGAAUGGAUGAUUGUCGCGUUAUUGGGUCUUUCAAUGAAUUCCGCAAACCUUUACGCGGCAUUACUUUGCGGUGCCGGUUUGCGGCGGGAUACUAAUCAAUUUACCAACUAUCUUUCUAAAUGGGCUUUCCUUUCGGUUUUGCGUCGUCAAGCUCCUCCCAGUUCUGAUCCACUGCAGCAAACGAUUUAA